AUGCGGCUGACCGCCGGCCGGCUAAUGGUUCCAGGGGCCGCUUUGCAGGAGUCUGUCGCGUACGUGGCCCAGCAGGCGUGGCUGCUAAACGACACAAUCCGCGGCAACAUUACGUUUGGUCUUCCAUACGACGAGCAACGCUACUGUGAGGUUGUGCACAUGUGCGCUCUAACAAGGGACUUUGAAAUCAUUGAUGCCGGCGACAUGACAGAGAUCGGCGAGCGCGGCGUGGCGUUGUCAGGCGGCCAGAAGCAGCGCAUAUGCUUGGCUCGCGCUGUUUUGUUUCUCAUUUUGGGCCGCUCGCUGUUGCAUUUUUGGGGAUCACUCAAGGCUCACGGACUCUGCACGAAGCGCUGUUGCGCACCAUUCUGCGCGCGCCUGUGCGGUUCUUUGACAUUACGCCUGUUGGCCGCCUGAUCAA